AAACAAGGAUUUAAAAAGCCAGAGGCCGAUGCGGCACAUGGUCCGCUGCUGUUUUUGGUUGAGCUUCCAUGGGAUAUUCGCCAGAGGGCGGAUAUCGCUAUUACAGCAUGAGUGCAGCAUGAGAGUCUCAUCCACAAUCUUUUUGGGUCAUAUAAAUAGGCACAGUAGGCUAUGUACCCAACAUAGUACCGGAAAUGUUUUUGGUUGUGACAAGCUGGGUUUUAGUUAAUUGUUUAUGCAUCUGUGAUAUGACGUCGUCUCUGCAAACACAUAAAGGUGUGACAUUACUAUGCGCUAGAAUUUUGACACCUCCGCUUAUCCUGUUUUUAGUACCUGCCAUGACCUCCCUUGACCAGUCAGAGACCGCAACAGACGACAGGAGCCAUGUGGUGAGGGGUACAGCGUGUUCCCUCCUCGUGCUGCCUCAUUACUCAGACACAGGGUCCACCUUCUCAUCUCGACACUCCUCCUAUCACAGCCUGGGACACUGUCUCCGCAGCAACAUCUUCCCAGGGGCUCCUCUGGAGUGGAAGUCUCUGGUUCAGGAGUCUUAUAUCCUGCACCCCCUGGCCCCCCCUCCUCCAAACCCCCAGCGCUGGUACGGCCGCAGGACUGACGACCUGGUGAGAUGGACCGAAAGGAACAUCGUGAACCAGAAGCUGAACAAGGCCCUGCAGCAGAUGGAGAGCAAGGGCACCAAAUGAAGUUCCUGGUCUCAGCACCCGACCACAGCAUGCCUACACAUCACCGCACAACAUCGUGUG